UUUAAAUAGUGCACUGCGCCCAAAGAGCCACAACAUACUACUAUCAAGAUACUCCAACAUACUUGAUACUCCUACUCAUAAUUCUAUCGAGUCCCUCCGUCAACAUGGCUGUUCGCGCAGACUUAAGUGUAAGAUUUCAACAAAGCAAUGAAGAGAUACUGUACCAAUCCGAUGCUCUUCUCUCCAGCAUCGAUGAUACAGACUAUGACGAUUUAGAAGAGUCUGAUACGCCCAGAGACCCGAGCAGAAGAGUCUUCCAAUCUUCCAAGGCCAACAUCAACGCUCUUGUUUGGUUUGUUAGGAUUCUUCUCGUGGCCUCUGUGCUCACCUGUCUCGUUCUGAGCAAGCUCACGAUCAUCAAAAUCCUAGCAGACCUACACGUCUUAGGAGAAUACAAUGACUCCUGCAAACCACCGGAUCAAUCCGACCAAUCAUUUGAUCCAAUCCAGGCCAAGCAUAAAGCUGCUAAUCUCUACUGGAUGCUAUUUUUUAUAGUAAUGAUUCCAAAUCUCAUUUCGUGGAUACGAACCGUGUUAAGUGGAUUACUUAGUAAAUCCCCUCGUAGACCCUGGCCCAAAUUAACAGCUCUACUUGGAUGUAUAGCAAUCGCAUUUUUGGAAGCAGUUGCCGAGUGCUUUCUAUUCUUCUAUAUAUUGAUCACGUUCCCUCCAGCACUAUCCAUACUCUUAAUGUGUGGGGUCUACAGUACCCAGUCGCUUGUUGAAAGUUUUUACGGGAUUUACUACAUGUGCUAUAAAGCAACUAGAGGCAACAACGAAUAUAGCUCAAUUGAUGGGAUUGGGAGUUUAAGCCCACGAAGCCCACGUUAUCGCUGUCUUAUAGCUCUCAUUUUAGUGGCUGGGUUUUUGUGUCAGACUUCUGGAUUAGCAUCUAUAACAGUGUUCCUUGCCAAUGCCUACAAUGGGUCUAAAUCUGGUACUGACCUACUGGGACUGGUCUUGGUCAUACCAUGCUUGGUCGUCCUGUCUUUCACGUGGUCUGGUAGAUUGCAAAAGAGGACAUUUGCUCCAAGUGAAAAGUCGAAAGAUAAAGCUAGAGUGGUUAUGCUAAAGACUGGCCAAGCAAAGGAAUUGAACACCAUAGCUAGAUGGAAAGCAAGUUUUAUAGCCACAUCUGUUAGACUGCUCACUUAUCCAUUUCUCAGUUAUUGUAUCUUCAAGUUUAUGUACAAACUGCAGAAUGGGCAUGAAGUAGAUCCCUGGGCUAUACCAAAAGGUGAAAGUAUUUUCUAUGCCUUCAACUGGAGUGGUCAUUAUAUUUCUGUCUUUGCCGUACAUGUUGUUGCUAGUUUCCUAGCGUAUGCUUUAUCAAGGCUGGCUUGUUACAUGACUCUACAUGUGUUCGGACUAGCACUCCCUGUCCUACUUGCCACUCCCAUUUCUCUAUGCAUCUAUUUUAUAUCCAACUCUCCUGCUAGCAUUGAGGGCCACAACAUAAACCUGUUCCCCUUUCAGACUUAUGAUGCUCCAUUACUCGAUUUUAAUACUAUUUUCUGCAGUAGUUAUGUUCAUUAUGCUUUUGGGUUUAGUUUCUUAUUAUGGGUUGGUCAGACCCUAGUGGCAGGUGUUAACCUCUUCCGGUUUAAAAAUGCGAUCCUUGCAUCCGAUGAAGACAUGUUUGUCCGUCCAUACUACAACAGUGCACUCCUGGAGCAGUUCCUGGCUAUUAACCGUGUCGUCUCACACAAGCCUCAGGUUAUGACAGACGGGAGGCGUGAGUCGUGUCGGGUUUUUGUAUGUUCUACAAUGUUUCGUGAGAAUGCAAAAGAGAUGAGGCAGAUGCUUCGCUCCAUUAGACGAAUUUCAAAGUUCUUCAGGAAAGAUCAAAAUAUUUUUAAGUACCAAUACGAGUCUCACAUUUUCUUUGAUGGAGGUUGUAGGGAAGACGAUUUGUCCCAGUUUGCCAUACAACUCAUGAGUCUUCUAGAAGACACACUUGGCAUAAAGCUUAGAAAUGCUACAAAGCAGAAGACACCAUAUGGCUAUCGGUUUAUGUGGCUCAUUGACAACUGCAUGCCAUUUAUGAUUCACCUCAAAGACAACCACAAAGUGAGAAACAAGAAGAGAUGGAGUCAAGUCAUGUACAUGAAAUUCAUUCUCGAGCACCUCGAGAAACAGGAUAAAUUUGAUCUCAGUAACACGUUUAUCCUUACCACUGAUGCCGACAUUGACUUUAAAGCAGAGUCUGCUGUGGUUCUUUUAGACAUGCUAGCUCGUGAUCCUCAAGUUGGUGCAGUUUGUUCAAGGACUCAUCCACUAGGUAGUGGUCCUAUUUAUUGGUAUCAAGUGUUUGACUAUGCGAUUGGUCACUGGCUACAGAAGAGUGCUGAGCAUGUCCUUGGAUCGGUUCUAUGCUGUCCUGGCUGCUUUAGUAUGUUCCGCUGCUCUGCUCUUAAACAGUGUCUGCCCACCUACUCUACUGAGGUCUCUACUGCCCUGGAGUUCUUAAUGAAGGAUAUGGGCGAGGACAGGUGGCUCUGUACGCUCCUCGUUGAGAACAGUUGGAGACUCGAGUUUUGUGCCAUAUCUAAUGACAAAACGUAUUGUCCGCUGAGCUUUGAUGAGUUUUAUAAGCAGCGUCGUAGAUGGAUUCCAUCGACUAUUGCUAACCUUUGGCUCUUGAUUUCUAAAGCUGGUAAAGUGACUAGAAGGAAUGAGUCCGUGACGUGGGCGUUCAUUCUGUACCAGAUUAUCGUUAUCAUUUCAACCAUCAUAUCCCCUGCUACUGUUAUUCUCAUCAUAUCGUCCGGAUUGUCCACCUCAUUUAAUUUUAAUCCAACUGCAGUAAUAGUUCUUAUUGGAUUGGUUGCUGUGAUAUAUGGCUUUAUUUGCAUUUUCACUAGUCAAAAGACGCAAUUAGAUAUUGCAAAGAUUCUUACUUUUAUAUUCUCAAUAGUGAUGGCUGCUGUUGUCGUGGGGAUCAUAAAGGAAACGGUUCAAGAUAUUCUGUCGCCUUUCCAGGUUUUGAAUGAAACCACUUCUCAGUAUGAAUAUGAAUUUCAUAUUGAACGUGGAAAGCUACCAAUUGCAGAGAGUACUAUAUACAUUUCCCUAUUUGCUAUUGUUUUUGUGACAGCAGCCAUUCUUCAUUUCUUUGAAGGCUUUGCGUUGUUUCAAUGCUUGUGGUAUCUCCUUGGUCUUCCCUCUGGAUAUUUGCUUCUACUCAUUUACUCUACAGCUAACCUUAAUGACAGGAGAUGGGGAACCAGAGAGGCUGCAGAUAAAUCAGAGCAAAGCUUGUUUUCUCUCUUUAAGGAAACCGUGAAGUAUAUUGCUGAUAAGUUUAUGAAGAAGGAGCCAAAACCUCCAGAAGUGAAAAAGGAAGUCGAAAAAGAUACUCGGGAAAGUGAAGUUUCUUGCAAAGAGGGGAUGGGGUUGGAAGGACCUGGAAUUGAACCUGAUCAUGAUUUGCCACAAAAGAAAUACUUUUGGCUUGAAAAAUGGUUGGAAAAAAAUGAUAGUUUGAUAUUUUAUGACAAAUUUGCAAAAGAAGGAUUCACGGAAGAGUGGUGUGUUGCAAAAAUGUCAAUAAAGGAUUUGGAAAGCAUUGGGGUUCGCCCUAUUGGAUAUAUACAUCAUUUGGACAAAGCUAUUAAGAAACUUCCAAUAUCUCAUCUUGAACCAACAAUACCAAAAUCUGUUGAAGAAUGGAUCAUGUACUUAAAAAUGGACUCUCCAGAAGACGACUAUGUCCAGAAGUUUCAUGCUGCUGGAUAUUAUGGAGAAGGUGAUGUGGAAAACCUUGCUCAUAUAACAGAGAAUGAGCUGAAAAAUGAUAUUGGUGUGAAGAAGAGAGCUCAUGUCAAACGAUUCAUGGAAGGAAUACAAAGGCUUAGAAUGAAAGAUGAAGAUGAGGAAAAGAUGUCUAAAGCCAGACAAAUAUUAGAGCUAACUAAUGAUCACCCUAACAAGCCUCUAGAUGAUGAUGAGCUUGAGUUUUGGAAUGAAAUGGUCGCAACUACACUCAGGCCAAUACCGGAUCACCUCACUCAAGCCAGUCAGCUUCGAAGCGACUUGAAGUAUCUACGCAAUUAUACUUUGAUUGCAAUGUUUCUCAUUAACCUCAUGUGGCUCAUACUAAUCUCAAUAUUCACAUUCAGUGAGCUCACUGAUCUUGGUCUCAGUGCUAAUUUCCUUGGUCUACUCUUUCUCGCUGUGUAUGGGAUCCUGAUAUCAAUCCAGUUUCUAGGAAUGAUUGUCCACAGAGUAGUGACACUCUCUCACUACAUUGCUAGGCUCAAUCAAUUCUUGCCUGUGGAUCACACUGCUACUCAGUCCGCUUUUCAUACUAGAAGCGCUGUUUAAGAACAAUUUGCCACUAUUAUGCUGACAUAUUUAUGCUAUUAUUAUGCUGAAAUAUUAAUAUAUUCUUGUGUGUGUGUGUGUGUGUGUGUGUGUGUGUGUGUGUGUGUGUGUGAUGUAAUCCUGCUAUACUAUAUGCCUAUUUUUAAAACUGCUUGCUCAGUUUGUUUUAGUAGUAAAUGUCAUUAUGUUCUGUCAUCAUGAUGUAAUGUUACUAUUUAUAACUUUAUUAUGAUGUAAUGUUACCAUUUAUAGCUUUAAUAUGACGAGGUGUUACUAUCUAUA